AUGCAACUUUUUCCACAAAAUAUUUCAUAUACAACUUUUAAGCUAAAUGGUUUUUUGACCUUGGGAGAAUGGAGAUCCCUAUUAUCCAUACCCUAUUUUAUGUUUUUACUAUCUACUAUAUCAAACUCUAUUAUAAUAUAUUUAAUUGCAUCUCAGAAAACUCUGCACUCUCCAAUGUAUGUACUAAUUGGUUUCAUGGGUGUUGUGGACUUGUGUUGGCCAAUAUUAUUUGUACCAAGUUUGUUGCUCAACUUUUUAUUUAACUGGAAUGAAAUUACUCUAGUAAACUGUUUAAUACAAAUGUUUUGCAUACAUAUUCUUGGUGCAUUUCAGUCUACUGUACUGGUGUGGAUGGCAAUUGAUCGGUUCUUUGCAAUAUGCAGACCACUUUACUAUCACAAAUACAUGGAAUUUCAGAACUUUCUCAAGUUUAUUAUUGUCCCACUUACCAGAAAUAUAUUCUUAAAUAUCGUAAUGAUCUCUUUGGCUGGGAAACUGAAUUUCUGUCAAAUUAAUGAGAUGGAUCACUGUUUUUGUGAACAUAUGGGUUUGGUUCAGUUGGCAUGUGGAGAUACUUCUGUUAACAACCUAAUUGGUCUUGUGUCUGCUUUUUUAAUACCAACAUCAGAUUUUCUUUUUAUUACAGCAUCCUAUGUAAUAAUAUUUAUUUCUGUCAUGAAAUCAGGAAAAGCCCACUUGAAGGCUAUCAACACUUGUAUUACACAUAUUAUUGUCAUGACAGUAAAUUUAGCAUUUGCCUUGAUUGCUUUUAUGUCAUACAGAAUAAGAAAUAAUUUAUCUCCCAAUUUUCGUGUCUUUUUAAGCACUAUGUAUAUUCUGUUCCCAAGUUGUUUCAAUCCAAUUGUUUACGGCAUAAGAACAACUGAAAUAAGAAAACAGUUUCUUAAAUAUUUGAACGAUAUGAAAGUCUUACCACAGUAA